CUCUCUCUCUCUCUACAGUAUUUAUCACUCUAAACCAAUAUAAAUCAACAUAAAAUAGAGAAAAUACAAAGAAAGUUGUUCUCUUUGCCCAUUUCCUCCAUCUAAUUGCAUCGUCAUUGUUUUCAUCUUUUCUUCAUAUACUGACGAUCUUGAGGUGGGUUUGGUCUGUUUGUCAAUGGAACUGGUUUAGAUAACGCAGAGGAAUCUGAAAAAUACAAUCUUUUAUAGGAGACUUGGUUCGAUCAUGGCGGUUGCAGAGAAUGCUGGGACGAAAAUUGAGUCGUCUGGUCAGAAUUUGGAAAACACUGUAGUAUCGUCUGAGGGGAAUGCGCAGAAGGAUCUAGAAAAAUCUAAGCCGGGGAGUGAUUCAAUUGUGAAGAGUAAAGAAGGGAGCUUUCAAGGGUCAGAAAACGAUCAAAACUCCAACACAAAGUAUCAGCAACAAGAGAGAGUGGCAGCUACCGUGAAUACCAGCAAUGGGAAGACUCAGGUGUUAAAUGGGAAUGACAAGAAUCAGCUUGGGGUGCCAAAAUCUGGUGGAUUUAAUGGGACUAAUCAGAGGUCUAAUGGUGUCGGAAAUUUGGAAAAUGGGGGCGAUCAGGAUUUCAAGAAUGAUAUGAGAGAUUUGGUUGAGAUUUUAUCCAAGCUAAACCCCAUGGCUGAGGAAUUUGUGCCCCCGUCGGUUGCCAGCCAGCAGUUUCAUCAUCUUGUUAAUGAUAACCAUUAUCAAAAUCUAAACAAUAGCCUUUUGGGAAAUGGGUUUGGGUAUGCUAACAACUUUGCAGUGCACACUAAUUCUGGCAAUGGUAAUGGACAUACUAAUAGAAGGAGGAGAAAUGGUUAUAGCCAAGGGAGGCGAAGGAUGAACGGUAGAACAAGCCUGGCACAGCGAGAGGAGACCAUUAGGAAGACUGUUUAUGUAUCAGACAUUGACCACCAGGUUACUGAGGAACAACUUGCUGGUCUCUUUCUUAGUUGUGGACAGGUUGUUGAUUGUCGUAUAUGUGGUGAUCCAAACUCCGUUCUCCGAUUUGCCUUCAUUGAGUUUUAUGAUGAAGAGAGUGCAAGGGCUGCUCUGAGUCUGUCUGGUACUAUGCUUGGAUAUUACCCUGUAAGAGUGCUGCCUUCUAAAACUGCAAUUGCUCCUGUUAACCCAACUUUCCUGCCAAGGUCUGAAGAUGAACGUGAGAUGUGUUCGAGAACUAUAUAUUGUACAAACAUUGACAAGAAGGUUACCCAAGCAGAUGUCAAGCUCUUCUUUGAAACGAUCUGUGGGGAGGUCCAACGCUUGAGGCUACUUGGAGAUUAUCAGCAUUCAACUCGCAUUGCUUUUGUUGAGUUUACAAUGGCUGAGAGUGCAAUAGCUGCUCUUAAUUGUAGUGGUGCAAUUCUAGGAUCACUGCCAAUAAGGGUAAGCCCAUCAAAGACUCCUGUUCGUCCCCGUGCUCCGCGCCCUGUGAUGCACCGAACCUGAACCAUCGUUGGAUGUUUUUCUCCCUCCUGGACUGAUCAACUGCUGAUAUAUAUAUUUACACAUACAUACAUAGAUACAAGAGUAUAUUUAAGGUACCUGUGAGGUUUAUGUUUAUCAUGUUGCCCUUGCAUCUCAAGCUUGGUAUCUUUGUUACUUGAAGGGGUUAAUUCUGGUUGGUCUAUUAAGCUUGUAGAAGAGUUGGAUGGGAUUUCAAGGAUGUGACUUUUUAAUUUAUCUUGCACAGGACAGUGUAGUGAACUCUUUAGCAUCGAUCCCCAAAGACUGAUCUUUGGGCUUUUCCUAACAACUGAUGAGCUUAAAAAACUAUUUCCAUAUGGACUCUUCAUGGUUUUCUGUUAUUGCAUUCCAAAUUUUGCAGCUUUAUCUAUCUUUUCAGAUAUCAUGUACAACUGGAUGGUUAACUUGUG